UAAAAUGUUUUAUAUAAUUAGAUUUGUAAUAUACUUUAAGUUAAUAAUAAAUUAAGUUAACUUAUUAUCGAAAAAACAUAUUAUAAUGCGUUAAGAUCUUAAAUAUAUUUAGUUUUGGCUUAUUUAGGGAGCCAUAUAUAUUGUUAAUUUUUUUUAUAUAUAAGUUUAUACUAAGGGGCCUAUUUUUUUCACUCGCACAGGGCCUUAAAAGACCGUCGGAUUUUCGGGGACGGCCUUGCAAUCUAUUUUAUUCAUUCACCAUCAAUACUAAGUGCUACUGCUGGACUGUUUAGAUAACUUUCUAUUUCCUAAUAAUUUAAUAAUGCUCACAUACAUUUUUAAAUAAUUAAUGAGUUUUGAUAGAACGUUAUGGUUAAAAGAUAAUUUAGCGUCUUUUAAGAUGUUGACUGUAAGAAAAAACUUUGUGUAGUCGUAAUCAUGUGAGUGUUUUGUUAUAUUUUUUUAUAUAGUUAUAACGUCAUGUAAAUAUCUGUUUUUAUAAAUUAUCUAUGUUUAAUUACAUACACGUCAAUAAACCGUUUGUGAACUAUUUGAUGAAAAAUACGUUUAUAUUUAUUUAUUUAAUAAAUGAUCAUAUACAUAAGAAAAUGUCUUGUUCACAUAUUUAAAUGAACAAAUAUGAAAAUGUACAUAUGCCAUGUUCAAUCAUAUACGUCCGUACACGUGUGUUUGUGUUAUUUUGUUUAGUUAGUUUGUGUUGGGUUAUUUACCUGCAUUUAUUUCCGCUUUUUUAUUUUCAUUCACUUACGUUUGUUUGUGUUAUUUCAUCUGCGUUAGUUUAUAUUUGUUCAUUUACGUUUGAUUAUAACAUGUUCAGGUUUAUUUAUUACUAAUUUUAGUAUAGAGAAAAAUGCUCGGAUAGUCCCUGUGGUUUCGCCUAUUUACACCUUUAGUCCCUAACUUUCUAAAAUUACUUAAAUAGUCCCCAACUUCUCAUUUUUUGUUCCCGGAUAGUCCUUGCGUCUAACUUCAGUUUGUUUUCUCUGUUAAGAGGGUAUGAAAUAACAAAAAUACUCUUUCCUUAAAAAGGCCAAACCACAGGGACUAUCCGGACAUCUUCAUUUUUAUUUAUAAAACUCCACCACCACACUUUAUCUUCAACCUCCACCUACCAUCACCUUCCUCCACCCUCCACCAUCACCGCUACGGUCACUCUCCACCAAUUUGGGCUUUAUGUUUGAAAUCAGUUAAUUAGAUCAUGUCACAAAAAGAAACAUCAAAACCGAAAAUGGGUACUGCAACAAUUGUGGAGAUUAUACUUGCAAUCAUCUUGCCUCCUCUUGGCGUUUUUCUUCGAUACGCUAUUGGCGUGGAGUUCUGGAUUUGCUUAUUGCUGACGAUACUCGGGUAUCUUCCCGGAAUCCUAUACGCAAUUUAUGUUUUAGUUCUCUAGUGCUUUUUAAUUUCUUACUUUUCUGGUUGGUUGGAAUAUGAUUAGUAGGUUGUUUGUGAUCAAAGAAUUUCAGUUUU